UUGAGUUUUUCUUCUCACGUUAAUUUACAAUUAGCAAACAAGGUCGUCUUGGUAGACUGACCUAGUCCACAAGUUCCAUAGUUUUGAAGAAAAUAGAUCAUCAAUAUUCAUUUGUGUGGAAAAGUCAAUAUUGAGAGUUGGAAAAUGUUGCCCAUCCUAUAUAGUAAUAGCAGCAUCAUACUAAAGAAUGCAAUUGAUGCCUCAUGAGUAACCCUCUAAUUAGAGUUUUAGAAAUGUCCAUCUUAUUUUUCUUAGUAUUUUGUCCAUUGCUUUGUUUAGGAGAAAGACUAGAGGGUUGUGAGGAUUCUAGGUGCAAAACUCAUGGUCCCAUCAUUCAUUUUCCAUUCAGACUUAGUCAUCAACCAAAACAUUGUGGCUAUCCUGGCUUUGAACUACAAUGUAACAGUCAAGGUGACACCAUCCUUGAGCUCCCAUCGUCUGUUCACUUAGUUGUUGAAGAAAUUGAUUAUGUCUCACAGCAAAUUCACCUUUAUGAUCCUGAUGGGUGCAUAGCAGCCAAGCUACCACAACUGAAUUUAUCACAAUCUCAUUUAAAAUAUUUAGAAUAUGUUGAAGAUCCCACAGUCCUAUUCAAUUGUUCUGAACCAUUCACAAGAGAUUAUGGAGGUUAUUUUGGUUCCUUGGUUCAAUGUCUUGGUUCUUCUGGUUACGACAUAUAUGCUGUUUCUUCUACUACUUCCCUCAGAUUCUUGCCUGGGGCUUGCACAAAAAUCCACCAGUACCCAUACACAGAGUCAGCAUUUACUGACAAGAAGCUGCAGCUGAAUUGGUCUAUCCCACUCUGUGGAAACUGUGAGUCCAAAGGAAUGGAUUGUGGUUUCAAGGAUAGAACCAAGCUAUUGGAAACUCAUUGUUUCAAUCGAACUAUGACCCAUAAAGGUAUUAUUACCAAGCAGCCCCUGGUUGCAGGUGUCAUUUUAGGUGCAGCUCUUGUUUGCAUUAUUGUUUUCUCAAUUUAUAAGCUAUAUUUGACAAGAAAAAAUGAAAGAGAGAGUCGAGUUAGAUUAGAAAAGUUUUUGGAAGACUACAAGGCCAUCAGACCAACAAGAUAUUCUUAUGCUGAAAUUAAGAAGAUAACAGAUGAUUUUAAUGAAAAGUUAGGAGAGGGAAGUUAUGGAACUGUUUACAAAGGCAGACUUUCCAGUGAAAUCAAUGUUGCAGUAAAAGUCCUACAUGAUUCCAAAGGUAAAGGGGAAGAAUUUAUCAAUGAAAUCGGAACAAUUGGGACGAUCCAUCAUGUUAACGUGGUCCGGCUGGUUGGUUAUUGUGCUGAUGGGUUCAGACGAGCUCUGAUAUACGAAUACCUACCAAAUGAUUCACUUGAAAGGUUCAUUUUACCAGUGAGCUCGAGCUCCGAUAGUGUCUCAGUAAUCAGCUGGAACAAGCUUCAACAUAUUGCUCUUGGCACUGCAAGAGGGAUUGAGUAUCUUCACCAGGGAUGUGAUCAGCAAAUCCUCCAUUUCGAUAUCAAGCCACAAAACAUCCUUUUAGACCACAACUUGAACCCAAAAAUAUGUGAUUUUGGCCUAGCCAAACUGUGUUCAAAAGAAAAAAGUGCAGUCACUAUGACUGCUGCUAGGGGAACCAUUGGCUACAUUGCACCAGAAGUGUUAUCAAGAAACUUUGGUAAAGUUUCUCAUAAGUCUGAUAUUUAUAGCUUUGGAAUGCUCUUGUUAGAAAUGGUUGGUGGUAGGACGAAGAUGGUUCCUAAGACGAAUAACCAAAGCAAAGUGAAUUCAUUGGAAUGGAUUUAUAGACAUUUGGAGAAUCGGGAAGAAUUGAAGAUUCGGAUAGAGGAAGAAGGGGAUGGUGCAAUUGUGAGAAAGUUAGCUAUUGUUGGACUUUGGUGCAUUCAGUGGCAUCCAAUUGAUAGGCCUUCAAUAAAAGAAGUUACUCAGAUGCUGGAAGGAGAUGGGAGCCAUCUCAACUUGUCCCCGAAUCCUUUUAUGGCUACUGAUAUGCCUAAGUUAAAUGCAAGUCCUCAUAGUGAAGAACUAGACGUGAUAUUAGAAAUUGAAUAACACUUCAAAGUCGAUUGUACAAUGAAAAGCAAAUAGUAUAAGAAUUGCAAAAAUAUUUUGUUUCAUAGUAGUGAUCAGCAAGCUGAAUGAUAAAUAAUUGGACUGUUUGUUGA